AUUGUAUUCAUAAAACAAGUAACAUCUAGCAGAAAACAGUUAGUCAGCCCUCACAAGUUUAACGAAAGCAUUAGUUGUGAUAAAUAUAUACGAGAGUAACAUGUGUAAAAUAGCGCUUUUCGGUGUAUAUAUUUUCUUACUGACACUGCACCAAAGCGGCGCGAUUUGUCACAUUUGCAAUAGCAAUGGCGUUGCCUGCGCCAGCAACAACACAUUUCACCUGUGUUUCGGUGGGCUGCCAAACAUUAACGAGGAAUUCAGCUGCCCGAAUGAGGAUGAGGUCUGCACCACACUGGGGCAAGUUUGUAUGGAUCCCGACAGUAAUCCCAGCAUACAGGCUGCCUGUGGCAACACCAAGCAAUGCGGUCAGUGUGCUGAUGUCAUGAAUGGUGGCUUCACCUGCACCAGCCGAACCUCAUUCACUAUGUGCAUGGGAAAUGUGCUGACCAAUGUACGCGGGACCUGUCGCGCUGGUCAAAUAUGUCGCACAUCGGUGGCGCAUGCCGGUAGAGUGCCAUGUGUGAGUGAAUGUCUAAUAGAUACAGAUGAUAUGUGUGAUGUAAAUGUGGCUGUAGAUGUGCCACCAAAAAGUGAGUCAGCCAUAACAACUGUAAUUAUACAACCCACUCCGCCAUUACCUGCAGUCACCACAACUGUAAUUAUACAACCCACUCCGCUAUUACCUGCAGUCAGCACAACUGUAAUUAUACAACCCACACCCCCGUCCACAACAACCACGUCUACUUCUCCGUCGACAGCGCAAGUUUCUACAAAUUCACCCACAAGUGUAGCACCCACGACAAGGCCAUCACCAGUGGAUUAUUGCUCGAGUCAAAGAUAUGUUGGCCGUUAUCCCAACCCAGCUGACAGCAGUUGUACUAGAUACUUGUAUUGUACAGGUUCCGGUGGUGGUUUGGGUCUCGUUGGGCGCUUAAUGCGGUGUCCUGGUAAACUAUUUUUCAAUCCACAAUCAAGAAUUUGUCAAGUUCCUAAACCAAAUGGCUGUGUUUGAAAUAAAAACUUUUGAAAUAUGGAAUUUUUGAAAUAAAUUGUUAACUGUACUUUUCAAGUGGUAAAAAGUAGAAGUAAAGAUUGAAUUCAUUUCAUGAUCA